UCUCUCUCUCUCUCUCUCAGGUUAUGGACGCUCAAAAGGAAGCUCUGCGCAGGAUCAUCAGCACUUUAACCAGUAAGAAUGAAGACCUGCAGAACUUCCUGGAAACGGUCGACAACACGCUGACGGGGCUCCAGGACGAGUCAUGGAAAGUGAUGUCAGAGCUGGAGGCGGAGCUUGAGCUCUUACGUUCCACUCUGGAGGAGAAAGGGGCGGAGCUUCGAGCCGCCAUUAAAGAGGAGCAGCAGAGGAAGGAGGCGGAGCUUCAGAACCAGCUGUCGGAGGGAAAGUUCGCGCUGUUGUCGUGUGAAGAGCUGCUGGAGUUCGCAAACCAAACCCUGACCAUCACCAACGAAGAAGAAUUCCUAAAGGCGGCGAAACAAAUCAAAGAACGGGUAACCAUGGCUCCGGCUUUCCGCCUGUCAACUCGUCUGGCGGCAUCGGAGAACAUGUCGCAGUUUACUGUCGACUUCAGCGUGGAGAGGGCGGAGCUUCAGCGGCUGCACUUCCUGCCAGUUCCUCGAGCUCCAGAGGUCGACGCCUCCAGCUGCGUUGCCCGUGACAACACCAUCACGGUUGCCUGGCGACCGGCCGGUGAAGACGCUCCGGACGGUAACUCCGGCAGCGGACGAGUCGGAUGCUACGAAGUGGAAUAUCGAAAAACCAACCGCGACAACGCCCUGAGGACGGCAGGAGAGGCAUGCUGGGAAAAAAUCCAGGACAUCAGAGAGACACAGGUCACUAUCACAGAUCUGAAGUUUGAUUCACAAUUCAUCGUCAUUCGAGUUCGAGCGAGAAAUAAAACAGCAGCCGGAGAGUUUUCAGAGCCGGUCGUCGUGGAAACAAGAGCGUUCAACUUCAGCUUCGAUGCAGCUUCGGCUCAUCCUGAGCUGAAGGUUCAGAGCGACACGGUGACCUGGGAACCACAGGGGGUCAAAGGUCACGACCCCCGACUCAAAGGCAAAGACCCUAAGCCCAGCAGCAGGAGCGCCACUCCUUCGCCCAAUAAGACGGCAGGAAGUCGAGCCGCCCGGUUCGCUGGCGAGUCGUACACCGUCCUGGGUGACCAGGAGAUGAACGGUAGCUGUCACUACUGGGAGCUCCGCCCCCUGGCUGACUGGAAGUCAUUCAGUGUGGGCGUGGCCUACAGAGCCAGUCUAGGCCGUUUUGACCAAUUAGGAAAGAGCUCAGGUUCAUGGUGUUUGCACGGCAGCCAAUGGCUGCAGACGACGCUUUCUGCAAAACACAACAACCGAGCCAAGGCGCUGGAGUGGCCGCUGCCGCAGCGAAUCGGAAUCUACUGUGACUACGACAACGGUGACUUGCUGUUUAUCGACGUGGACCGUCUUCGUCUUCUUCACUCCUUCAGAACAAAGUUCACUCAUCCACUGGUGCCCGCCUUCACCGUUUGGUGCGGUGGUAUCUCCAUAACAACCGGCCUGCAGGUGCCGAGCUUCAUGGGAAAUUUCCUGUCGACCAAUCGGAGCCUGAGUAACCUGUCACAGUGAAGCAGAGCAGCAGCUACUUCCUGUUUUUUAUCGUUAUUAUUAUUGUGUUAAUGAUUAUUUAAUGAGUUAUAUUUACUAAUUAAAAACGUAAGAAAAUAAAUAAUAUGUAAAAUAUCUGUGAAUCAUUAUCAAAUAAUAACUUUAUACUUUUUAAAUGUUUUAUAUUUUCAAAAUCCUAGUUUUACUGCGAUUGCUUUUAUUUUGAAGAAUUUCUAAACUGGAGUGAAAGCUUUUAUUUUGAAGAACAUUUCUGAAACAAAGCUGUAGCAUUUAUUUUGAAAUUUAAGAACUUCCUGUCACUUUGGGAUGAUCAUGUGACUGUGACAUCACACUUUAUUAAAAACAGAAUUUGAC